GUCAUAAUUCAUGUGCUUUGAAAGUUUUAAUAUGCUACCCAGUAUAGUUUUAUUGCCUAAAGAAUUUUGAAAGGAAAUAUUUGCUUUGGAAUAGAAUUUCCUAUAUCAUACUGAAUAAGCGUCAGUGUUUAACUUGAGUUCUCUUUGUCUUAAAAAUGCUUUCAUCAAGGGUGAGAUCAGAUAGAAUCACUCACAGAGAUAAUAAGAGCUGGGAACAGACUGAUGUUCUGUCCUCAUUACGUGAUAAGGACUGUGUGAGAAUCUGUUAAAUAAGUCAGUAUUUGUAGGGUUGGCUUUGUUAAGCAAUUAUAGCAUAUUAAUAUGUGUAAUAAUGGGAAUGAUCCAGGGAAGUGGGAGACACUGAUGACUUAGGAGACUGGGAAGACAUAACAUUGCAUUAGGAUCUACUGAGAGAAUGACUGACUGUAUUGGUCAUAUUUCCUAUUCCCUUGUUGAAAAAAGCUCUCAAUAAAUACACAAAAUGUAAAACAUAGAAUGCUAAACUAAAACAAACAAGGCAGUAAUGGAAGAUUAACUGGGGUAGGAGCACUUUAAUAAGGGUGAUUGUGAUGAUGUGUCAAAAAGAAAAAAACCACCAAAGUAUUUGGGCAAAGACCUGCAUGUGAAGACUUGAACAUUCCAGAUACUGGGUAGGGAAGGGGGCCUAGGCACAAGAGUCUGGGAAACUGACAUGGAAGAAGGUACUUGUGGUGGGAGGCAGAGGGUAGGUCCUGCGGGGAGUGUAGGUGGUCAGCAGUAAAUCAGUUUGGACUUUAUACAAAAGGCAGUGGGAAAGUCAUGGAAAGGGUUGAAACAGGGAGUGGAAUUACCAGGUUGGCAGUGAUGAAAAUGAUCACUCUUGCUGCUGUAGGAAGAAUUGGACGAAUACUGUAGAACAGAAACAGAAGCAGUAGGUUCUCAGGAGGGUCUGUGAGAUGCCUUGGUGAUUGUUGUCUUUGUGGUUUUAGGGUGUGUGUGUGUGUCUGCGCCUCCUCCAAAUUCCUGCUGCAGCCAUGUGCUGGGAUUGUGUGCUCUGAAUAAGAAAACCAGGAAAGCUGGAAGAACAGCAGGUUGCAUGAUGGAAGUUGAACAUAACCUUAAGAGGUUUUAUGUUUUGGAUUAGUUGUUUGUCCCCUGCUGAUUCUACGGACUCUAUUUUGGUAUUAAGUGCAAAGAGAUUAUACCAUGGACUACAAGGAAAGCUGCCCGAGUGUAAGCAUUCCUAGCUCGGAUGAACACAGAGAGAAGAAGAAGAGAUUUACUGUUUAUAAAGUUCUGGUCUCCGUGGGCAGGAGUGAGUGGUUUGUCUUCAGGAGAUAUGCUGAGUUUGAUAAACUUUACAACACUCUAAAAAAGCAAUUUCCUGCUAUGGCCCUGAAGAUUCCUGCCAAGAGAAUAUUUGGUGAUAAUUUUGAUCCAGAUUUUAUUAAACAAAGAAGAGCAGGACUGAAUGAAUUCAUUCAGAACUUAGUCAGGCAUCCAGAGCUUUACAAUCAUCCAGAUGUCAGAGCAUUCCUUCUAAUGGACAGUCCAAAGCAUCAGUCAGAUCCAUCUGAAGAUGAGGAUGAAAGAAGUACUCAGAAGCUACACUCUACCUCACCAAACAUCAACUUGGGACCAUCUGGAAAUCCUCAUGCUAAACCAACUGACUUUGAUUUUUUAAAAGUUAUUGGGAAAGGCAGCUUUGGCAAGGUUCUUCUUGCAAAACGUAAACUGGAUGGAAAAUUUUAUGCUGUCAAGGUAUUACAGAAAAAAAUAGUUCUCAACAGGAAAGAGCAAAAGCAUAUUAUGGCUGAACGUAAUGUGCUCUUAAAAAAUGUGAAGCAUCCAUUUUUGGUCGGAUUACAUUAUUCAUUUCAAACAACUGAAAAGCUUUAUUUUGUUCUGGAUUUUAUUAACGGAGGAGAGCUGUUUUUUCACUUACAAAGAGAACGAUCCUUUCCAGAACACAGAGCAAGGUUUUAUGCUGCUGAAAUUGCCAGUGCAUUGGGUUACUUGCACUCCAUUAAGAUAGUAUAUAGAGACUUGAAACCAGAAAAUAUUCUUUUGGAUUCAGUAGGACAUGUUGUCUUAACAGAUUUUGGGCUUUGUAAAGAAGGAAUUGCUAUUUCUGAUACCACCACAACAUUUUGUGGCACGCCAGAGUACCUUGCACCUGAAGUGAUCAGGAAGCAGCCAUACGACAACACCGUGGAUUGGUGGUGUCUUGGUGCCGUCCUGUAUGAAAUGCUGUAUGGAUUGCCUCCUUUUUAUUGCCGAGAUGUUGCUGAAAUGUAUGAUAAUAUUCUUCACAAGCCCCUAAGUUUGAGGCCAGGAGUGAGCCUCACGGCCUGGUCCAUUCUGGAAGAACUCCUCGAGAAAAAUAGGCAAAAUCGACUUGGUGCCAAAGAAGACUUUCUUGAAAUUCAGAACCAUCCUUUCUUUGAAUCACUCAGCUGGACUGACCUGGUACAAAAGAAAAUUCCACCACCAUUCAAUCCUAAUGUGGCUGGACCAGAUGAUAUCAGGAACUUUGAUACAGCAUUUACAGAAGAAACUGUUCCUUAUUCCGUGUGUGUGUCUUCCGACUAUUCUAUAGUGAACGCCAGCGUGUUGGAGGCCGAUGAUGCGUUUGUUGGUUUCUCUUAUGCACCUCCUUCAGAAGACUUGUUUUUGUGAACAGCUUGCCAUUCAGAAACCAUGAAGCAGUUACACAUCUACGGAUGGGACUGAAACUCCUUUUGUGUGCAUAUAUUCAAAUAUGUAUAAUGAGUGCCUCAUUUUUACCUGUAAUGUUGGUAACUAUGAAAAGUGUAUUUUCUGCUGUAUGCAAGAAAAUAGGGCAUUUCAAAGAGCUACAUUUAGAAUUAAAAUUUGUAUUCUUGUUUAUUAAGCUUAUUUUUGAACAAAAAUUUUAAAAAGUUUUAUUCUUAGCAUUAACCUAUUUUUAAAGACAACUUUUUUGCUAUUGACUGUUUUCUUCCCUGAGUUUACACUAACAUCUACCCAAGGUGGACUGCUUUUUAACAGUCUAUUUCAGUUCAGUUAACAUAUAUUAAUACCUUUAUAAUGCUAUGCUAUGAGAACUAUGCAAUGGUACAUGAUCAUCCAAAAGAAACCAUAUCUUUCCAUGCUAAAUCAUGGUUUGAAAUAACUGACUGUUGCCAGGAUUAAAAUGUAAAAGCAUAGUUAUCAUAUUGGCUGCUAGUUAACACUGAAUAACUGUUCAUUCCACAGAUCAUUUAACAGGCAACAAAACAAAAUCAAUCAUUUGCUUUGGAAAUACCAACUCAAAUUUAUGAAUUAUUUAUCCUCUAGAAGAAAAGAACAGUUUAAUGGUUAGAAAUUUUAGGUAUUUCCAAAGAUCUGAAAGAUAAUAAAACAAACUGCUGAUUUUUUUUUAGGUGGUGCCAAAAAUGAAUGUCUCUGUGUCAUGUAUUUAUAUUCAAAAUAUAUUCUAUUUAUGUUCUGUUUGAUCUUUUAAAUGUUUAGUAUGCUGUUAAGUAACUAAAUCUUGGUAUUUGCUUUUGCAAAGAGCUGUUUCAAAGCUGUCUUCCUAGUGAGUUAAGUAAAAACAAAAAAAAAAUGAUACUGAGCUUUCUAGAAUAUUUACCUAAUCUGGGUCAGUGUAAAUAAAUAAGGUUUUACUAUAAUGUAACAAAGGUUAAAAAUAAUUCCAGUGCAUAUUCAACAUCUUAUGUAUUUUAGACCGAGUGUAGGAAACUGACCUUAAAAUCAUAAUGUGCCAGCUAAAUUAUACACUUAUAAUAGUAAAGAAAAACUAAGAGAAAAUAACUACAGAAAAACUAAAACUGCUCAGCUUGGAAUUCCAAGUCAUAGAGGAAAAGAUUUUGAAGUCCUGUAGGAAGCAUUGUUAUAAAAGAGUUGAGUGACCCAGUUUAAAUGUUGCAGCAAUCAUUCAUUCAUUCCAGGCCUUCUCCUAAGAAAUCACCAAAGCAUUUUUCACCAAUACCUUUUGGCUCUAAAAUGCUCAGCAAAAUUAAGGGGAGGGGAAGUUGAUCAUAUUUACAUUCAGUACACUGAAUCUUGCUUAAGAGGUAAGACUUUAAUAUCUACACUAUAAAUAUUUGGUUUGUUUGACACUACUGUAAGUUUUGCUUUUACAUAAAAUUCUUUGGUUGUAAAGCAAAAAUAAAAUUUCUAUCUUUUUUUUUUUACUUACCCACUCCAUUAUUGAACUGCCAAAAAUUAAAGUGCAAUAUUGUAUAUUUUUUAAGAACUAAACAGGAUUUUGAUGUUUUAGGAUCACAAGAAUAAAGUCAUAUACAGUAUAAUAAAAUUAGAAAAGAUGAAUGAUCAUUUAACGCCUGCCAUUAUUUGAAGUUAAACUUGCUGGUAUUGACAUAAUGAUUACAAAAUGAUUACAAAAUUACAAAACUACUUACGUGUUUGAGGAAAUAAAGUAUGAUUUACAUGUAAAUUACCAGAUUAUCAUAAGAUGAUAUGUAUAAUUUAGGAAACAAGAAUUCUUCUAAAUUUCAAGUUUAUAUUUUCUUGUCAAGUCUUUUAGUAAAAUGUAGACCAUUUGAAGAGUUGAACAUUUCAUAGCUGUUAGUAAAAUAUACAGAAGGGUCUAAAGGAAGGCUUUUUGAUAGCCUUUAAUAUGCCCUUAUUGUAUAUAAUACAGUGUGGACAUCCUAACCUUUAGUACAUCAUGGUACUCAGAUUUGUUUCACUGACAUUGUGGGUGUCAAAUUAUGUAGAGGCCCUAUCUACAAAUUUUAAUAUGCCAAACCACUUUUUUGAAUUAAAAAAAAAUUAACAGUGAGAGCUACAUUUGUAUCAUUGCAUUAGUGACUAUAAAAAGUUGCUAUGUACAGCUAGUAUAGAGUUAGCCACUCUGGCCUUGCUUGGUGGAAGAGGCAAGUAGCUCUGUGAGGAGUCUCCUCCAAAAGCCCUAGAUGCCUUCACCUCCCAAGUGCUCUGCCUCAGAAAUGUCAAGCUGCGGAGCAGGUUACAACCUAAGAAUUCUGUGGGGACACAUUAAUUCAGACUAUAGUAAUGCAAAAUCUGAAGAGUACACAGCUGAGUUAUAGGUGGCUUCAAUACUUUAAAAUGGUAUGCCAAGCUUUUUGUGUAAAUAUGGUUGGGUGGGGGGAGGGAGCAGGGAGUUCUAUAUAGCUACAUGAAAAGAAUUCACAGAUGAAAUGUUGCAGCUUGGAGUCAUGGCUGUGGAGCUACCACCUGCAAUGCCAGCAUCUGAUACGAAUUCUGGUUAGAGUCCUGACUGCUCCAUCUCCAGUCCAGCUUCCUGCUUAUCUUUCUGAGAGAAACAGUAGAAGGUGGCCCAAAUACUUGGAACUCUGCAACUCACAAGGGAAACUCAGGGAAGUAUUUACUCAACCAGUGUAUGAACAUUUUAUUUUCCUUUCCCUGC